AUGCAGCAUUUAGAAGAUGAUUUGUUCAAGGCUCCGCUCCCAGCGCCUUUGUGGCUAGAUACAUUCGAAGCUGUAGAUAAACAUAUUAUGUGCCACCAAUCAACCUUAUCUCCCCUUCCUCGAACAAGUAUACUUCAAGAUGACUGCCUUAUCACAAACGUAUUUGUUCCUGAUACAGAACAAACUAAAUUACCAGUUAUAGUCUAUGUGCACGGCGGUGCUUAUCAGAUAGGUUACGGGAAUAUGUUCACACCAAAAGCCUUAGUCAAAAGCAAAAAAGUGAUUGCUGUCACAUUCAACUACCGUCUCGGAGCACACGGUUUUCUCUGUUUGGGCACAGAAGAUAUACCUGGGAACGCCGGAAUGAAAGACCAAGUAGCGCUACUGCGCUGGGUACAGAAGAAUAUCGCUAAAUUUGGUGGUAACCCUAAUGAUGUGACUAUCGCAGGUUAUAGCGCCGGCUCGUCCGCAGCUGAUCUACUCAUGCUUUCGAAGUCCACUAAAGGAUUAUUUAAAGAAGUAAUUCCAGAAAGUGGUGCCAGCGUUGGAGUAUGGUCGGUGCAAAUAGAUCCUCUAGAAAUCGCCAAGGAGUUUGCAAUUAGUCAAAACUUCACGGACGUGGACGACUUUUACGCACUGGAAGAAUUUUAUAAAAGUGCCCCGUUUGAAGUAUUAACGUCAGCAAAUUUUUUAACUAGAUCUGACUCGACUUUCAUGUUUGUUCCUUGUAUCGAACGCUAUACUGAGACCGAAAGAUUCCUUGAUGAUGCGCCCGUAAAUAUAUUGAAAAGUGGAAACUAUAAUAAAGUUCCAUUAUUGUAUGGAUUUGCAAAUAUGGAGGGUCUGCUACGAGUACAAAUGGGUUACGAUUUGUUUACAUAUAAAAUGAACUCCAAGUUUUCCGAUUUUCUACCAGGUGAUUUAAAAUUUGAAAGUGAAGCACAGAAAGAGGAAGUAGCAAAACAAAUAAAAGAAUUUUAUUUCGGGGACAAAGCUAUUGCCGAGGAAACGAUAUUGGCGUACAUCGAUUACUUCACUGACGUUUUGUUUGCAUAUCCCACUUUAAGAGCUGUAAAAUAUCACGCAGAGGCAGGCAAUAAUCAAGUGUACCUGUAUGAAUACUCUUUCCCUGAGAAUCAAAUGCUGCCCAAAUCAAUACAAACCAAAAUUAGGGGUGCAAAUCACUGUGCACAGACACAAGCCGUUUUCGAUCCACCACCUAAAGACAGCCCAUGGGCACAUUUAGACAAUAAAAGUGAAGACUUUAUAAGACUUAGGGCAAUCAUGAGGGAAUUAUGGCUCAACUUCAUAACGACAGGCAAGCCGGUGCCUUCUGCAAGCUCCCUGCCAGCAUGGCCGCCGGCGAAUGCGUCGCGAGCGCCCUACAUGUCUCUUACGAUGCCGCCUCAGUUAGUCGACGGCCCGUUGUUGGAGCGUCGCACGCGCUUUUGGGACGCCAUCUACGACAAGUACUAUCGCACUCCAGUUCCUCCAUCUACACCACCUCCUAAAAUACACUCAGAUUUGUGAUUCUGAUUAUAUGUAAAAUUGUUUAACAGAUUGCUAAUAAUAUGAUAUUAAAUAUUUUGUGUAGUGUUAACAAUAUGAAAAAUGUCUCGCAUUAAAAUAUGUUAUUAAAUUCAAGCUCAAGAUAGAUAUAGUCAAUAAGAUUAAAAAACAAUGAAAUAUAUUGACGUAGCGAAAUCAAAAUUAUAUUUUCAUUAGAAUCUCUGAAAUCAUAAAACAUUUUGCUGAAAUAAUAGUUUAUAUUUAGACUACAACAAUUCUAUAACUGGUUACCGAGAUUAUUUAAUUCCAAUUGGCUACGUGUUUACAUAUCAAUGCGGGUCAAAGGUAUAACAUCUACGCAUGUAAAGAAUUUAAGUAUGCAGAUAAUUCGCUCCCUUGGAGUAAUAAGGCCACAUCUACAAAAUGACAACUUAUCAUUAAAUCUGUGCAAUUUGUUUCACGUACUUUGUAAUGUUUUUAUGACUUUCAUGCGAUAAUAGUACAUUAUGAUACAAGUGUGCUAAGUUGGUAAUUACACACGAGGCGUUAUU